AUGGAGCUCCUCGCCAAAACCCUGUUUCUGUGCUUGGCACUCACCCUGACCAAUGCAGCACCUGCGUGAGUACCUCUUUCUUUAAUAUGGAUUAUCACUCAGUAAGGUUGCUCAAGUUAAAAUGUCUUUUCUUCAAGGUCCAUGAUUGUUACCGGUGAAGAGCAAAAGGUCAAGAUUAUUAGACGGAUUUUGUGCUUUCCAAUAAAAUUUCAAGAGGACAAAAUCUGCCAACUUUUUGGUGUACAAUUGAUUUUUGAGUCUUGAUUGUGACCAGCAUGAAUUCAGUGGUCACAAAAAGAAAGAAACUUUGAAAAAAUUGGGGAAACUGAAGUAAUGACCCUUAAGAUUUGUUUUUUUCCAGUUGCGGUCAUUUUUGAAGGCUGAUUUUUUUUAAUCGUCACAUCAUUUAUACCCAAAUCUGCAUUUUUUUCUUCACUUUAUUUUCUUUAGUUCAACCUGUGCAGAGAAAAUGUGCAAGUCCCUCAUUUCAUAACUAUCUGCUGGUUCACAAAGUUCACCAGCUGGAUCAAUUAAACAAAUACAAACACGCAACGCAGCGUAUUCCCUCAGUUGACCCCUGAUCAGCAUGACUCAAGGAUUUUUGGAAGUUAAUGCUUGAUUUUAUACGAAAUAACCUCUUUUUGUCAUCCACAGGCAAACACAUGAUGCAGCACCUGAAGAAGGUUAGUUUUUAAUGUAAUCAUUUUUUCCCCCCAUGUCUUACAAUAAUGUGCAUUAAAAUUAACACUUUUAUUGUCUUCUUGAAUAUAGAGGUUGAUCCUAAUCUCCCAGACCGGUGUGAGGGUCUUGAGUUUGAUGCAAUCACUCCAGAUGAGAAAGGAAUCACCUUCUUCUUUAAAGGUAGGACUUUUGACAUUUCAAAUAAUGAGUUUGAUCCAUUUUCAGUAAAUUAGUGUAUGAUAGUGUUAAAUGUCACCCUUUUUUUCUCUCAGGGAGCUACUUGUGGAAGGGUUUCCAUGGCCCAGCUCAGCCCUCCAAUGAGUCCUUCAAAGAGCUGGAUGACCUCCAUAACAUCGGCCACGUUGACGCCGCCUUCCGCAUGCAUGACCCCGACAACACAGACGACCACGAUCACAUUUAUUUCUUCCUGGUAUGAUCCACACUUACUUUAACUUUUGAUGUGAUGCAAGUCAGAAGGAGACUAGAGGCUGAACUCUUUAUAUUUCAAUGUACUUUCUAGGAUGACAAAGUUUUCAGCUAUUACAACCACACUCUGGAGGAUGGGUAUCCAAAAGAAAUCCAGGAGGACUUCCCAGAUGUCCCAUCUCACCUAGAUGCUGCAGUCGAGUGUCCCAAAGGAGAGUGUGCAGCCAAUUCAGUCCUGUUCUUUAAGGGUAUGUUUGCAUUCACAGCAAAAAAAAAUGUUGAACCUAAAUGAAAAUUCAUUUAUAAAAUUAUGAUCUAGAAAAACAAAAAUAGACUAAUAGAGACAGAAAUUUCCAUUUCCAUCAGCAGUACUUGGUAAAGAUAAGAUAAUGUAAGAUGAUGCCCCCUAGUGGAGAAAAACAAUCACAGCAGGUAGAAAAUUUGAUCUUGUUUUUGAUCUGAAAUUUUUGCAGCUGCUUUUUGGUUUGUUCUAAAAACUACAAGCGUUUAUUGAAAAUAUUUGUUAGUUGUGAAAAAAAAACAGCACUCUCUGUACAUAAUCUAGUUUAAAGCUCCUGUAAGGAACUUUUGGUUGAUUUCUCUCCACUGCUCAAACUGGUUUCAGCCCCUAAAAAUGGCAAUAAAUAAACUGUCAGUAUUGUUACUGAUUGUCUCUUUAGCUUAUUGACAUUUAAAAGACAUCGACAUGAAGUUAAGUCUGUUUUAUAAACAUAAAAAAACUCCUCACAGGAACUUUAACUUGUUGAAGUACAAUCAGUAGAAAGCACACGGUGGAACAAGUUGACUGAAACUGGUAUAUUCUCUCAUAGGACACGAUGUGCAUGUUUAUGACAUUACUACUAAGACAGUGAAGACAAAGUCCUGGCACCACCUCCCCGUGUGCACCUCCGCUUUCCGCUGGCUGGAGCACUACUACUGUUUCCAUGGACACAACUUCACCAGAUUUCACCCCCUGACUGGAGAGGUGAGCGGCUCCUACCCCAAAGACAUCCGCAACUACUUCAUGAGGUGCCCCAACUUUGGUGAGUUUAACAAGAAAUGUCAAAUAUCAGAUAAAAAGAAAAAAUGUAUCUCGAUACAGAUAGUUCAAUUUAAGUAAAUGUGCUGUCUGUAGGUCAUGGCGGUGAUUAUCAAGUCGUCAAAUGCAGUGAAGUCAAGCUGGACGCCAUCACCUCUGACGAUACUGGCAAAACUUAUUUCUUUGCAGGUAAGUUUGAAAUAAAUGAACAGACAAACCAAUAAAUAAAUACCAGUUUGGGAAAUGGUGUUGUCUUCUUGCAAGGUUCGAUACAUGAAGCAUUAAGCAGCAAAACCCUAACCCUUACCCUAACCUAAAUUAAUUUUUAUUAUUCAUUUCAAUAGCCCAUGUUCUUCAAAUCUCACUUUUUUCUCUUAGGAUGUUUAGUAUAUUCAGUCUGUAUUUAUUGUAUAUACUUAGUAUUUUUAGUCUGUAUUGUACUUCUUCUUAUAUUUAAUUUUAUUUUGUAUUUUUUGCUGCUGUAACAUGUGAAUUUCCCAGUUUGGGAUCAAUAAAGUCUAUCUAUCUAUCUAUCUAUCUAUCUAUCUAUCUAUCUAUCUAUCUAUCUAUCUAUCUAUCUAUCUAUCUAUCUAUCUAUCUAUCUAUCUAUCUAUCUAUCUAUCUAUCUAUCUAUCUAUCUAUCUAUCUAUCUAUCUAUCCAAACUAUAGGUUUUUUUUUUAACCACUUUUGACAUAUUUGAUACAAUCUGGGUAACAAUAUUCUGCUAAUUUGUGGUUUGAAUUAUUUUUUAAUGAGUUAAAUGUGGAAAAACUGCAUCAGACUGCAAAUUUCAAACUUUGAGAAAGGAAAAUAAAAAAAUAAAAAAGCCAAGCUCUCCUGAUAACGGGAAGUUUCUAUUAGAUUUUAAUCCUCUUAUAAAGAGUUGCACUAUUUUGUGUCGGACACUGGAGGCACCAUCUGAAAACAGCAGUAUGUUGAAACAAGACAUCAAAGUACUUGGAUUUACUUCAUUUUCUGGUCGUCUUUUGGUUUCUGUAAAGCGCUAAAACAUUUGAAUCUUUUCAGGUCCCAUCUUCAUGCGUCUGGACACCAGCCGUGACGGCCUUCACGCCUUCCCCAUCACCCGGACGUGGAAAGAGUUGACCGACGGUGUGGACGCUGUGUUUUCCUACACUGACAAGAUGUACAUGAUCAAGGUGAGUCACCAGAUGAAACUGGUUUUAUCUGAAACUCUGAGCUGAACUUUAACUCCCGUCUGUGCUCCCUGUGCAGGAUGAUCAGGUUUUCAUCUACAAAGGAGCGGCUCACUACACCCUGAUCGAAGGUUACCCUAAAAGUCUGAAAGAGGAGCUCGGCCUUGAGGGACAUGUAGACGCUGCUUUCGUGUGCCCCAAUGAACACACAGUUCACAUAAUUCAAGGUGAGGGUGCUGCAUGCUGGGAAUAAUCUUCCUGGACUCUAUCAGUUUGAAUAAAAUGUGAAAUUUCUCUAAAAUAUUUACACAUACGUUUUCCAACAGGCCAAAAGAUGCUUGAUGUGGACUUGACUGCCACACCCAGAGCUGUCACCGGAGAUCAGUCCAUCCCCAUGUCGGACAUUGAUGCUGGUUUCUGCGGCCCACAAGGCAUUGCAGUCUUCAAGGGCUCACAGUAUUACAAAUAUGGCAGCACUAUGAUGCUGGCAAAUAGCAAAAUGGCCCCAAGGCCCCACAUUAUAACCUCAGAAAUGAUGGGAUGUCGGGAUUAG